AUGUCCAUAUUGACAAGAAAUGGAUCGGAAACUCCCGAACCAGUUACAGCAAGAGUUACAGGCUGCAUCCCGUCCUGGCUGCAGGGGACUCUGCUGAGGAACGGACCGGGACUGUUCUCCAUCGGAGACUCAGAGUACAACCACUGGUUUGAUGGGAUGGCUCUGAUCCACAGCUUCACCUUCACUAAUGGCGAGGUGACCUACAGGAGUAAGUUCCUGAAGAGUGAGACCUUCAAGAGGAACAUGAAGGCCGAGAGGAUCGUAGUCACAGAGUUUGGUACCCUGGUCUACCCUGAUCCCUGUUCUAGCAUCUGGUCCAGGAGCCUAACCCACCUGAGGAACCUGGUCCCAGACUUCACCGAUAACAACCUGGUGAACAUCGUGCGGUACGGCCGAGACUACUACGCCUCGUCAGAGGUCAACUACAUCAACCAGAUAGACCCCGUUACCCUGGAGACCGUCGGCAGGACCAACUACAGGGACCAUAUCUCCCUGAACCUGGCGACGGCCCACCCUCACUAUGACGACGAGGGAAACACGUACAACAUGGGCACGGCCAUCAUGGGCUUCGGUCGGCCCAAAUACAUCAUCUUCAAGGUCCCAGCAGACACUUCAGAUGAAGAGAAGAAGAAGAAGAAGCCGGCGCUGAGGAAGGUCCAGCUGGUGGGUUCUAUCCCGGUCCGGUCCGUCCUGUCCCCGAGCUACUUCCACAGCUUCGCCAUGACCCAGAACUACUUUGUGUUCGUGGAGCAGCCGUUCAAACUGGACAUCUUCAAGCUGGCCACGGCCUACGUUAGGGGGGUCACCCUGGGGAGCUGCCUGCGCUACGACAAGGAGGACACGUGUGUAUAG